GUACCUUUUGUAGCUGAGUGUGACUUGUGCAGGAAGUGGAGCGUAGGCAUGGAUCAGCUUCUAGCGGGGGAGUGGCCUGGGUUUUCUACCCUCCUUGGACUCUAGGAGCUCCUGAGGGACUGAGCACCCCUCGCGGGAGAGCCUUCAACGGAAAGGCUCAAGGAAGCUGGGCAGCCUUGAGAACCGGAGGGACACACCCUGCUGCUUAUGCCUGUGCAGUUCCGCCAGGAGGAAGCCCAGGGCAGGAGCCGUGCCAGACAACAGUUGGCGCGAUAUGGAGCGUCGGAACAAGAUGGAGUUCUUCCAGAAACUGGGCUACAGCCAGGACGACGUGAUCAGGGUGCUGGGCAAGCUGGGUGACGGUGCAUUGGUCAAUGACAUACUGCAGGAGUUGAUCCAGACCGGUAGCCGCCCGAGGGCCCAGGAGGAUCCCGUCAACAGCACCGGAGUAGUGCUGAUGCCCCGGGGGUGCUGUGGGACCCGGGACUCUGCCCCACAGGGCCUGGGGUCAGGACUGGAAGAAGCUGGUGGAGAUCCAGGCAGCUCCCUGCGGCCCAUAGUGAUCGAUGGCAGCAAUGUGGCCAUGAGCCAUGGAAAUAAGGAAGCCUUCUCUUGCCGGGGAAUUCGUCUGGCUGUGGACUGGUUCAGGGACAGAGGACACACCUACAUCAAAGUUUUUGUCCCGUCCUGGAGGAAAGAACCAUCGAGAUCUGAUACCCCUAUCAGAGAGCAGCACGUGCUGGAAGAGCUGGAGCGGCAAGCUGUGUUGGUGUACACCCCGUCCCGCAAGGUCAACGGCAAGCGAGUCGUGUGCUACGACGACCGCUACAUUGUGAAGGUGGCCUACGAGAAGGAUGGCAUCAUCGUCUCCAACGACAACUACCGGGACCUGCAGAGCGAAAACCCGGAGUGGAAAUGGUUCAUCGAGCAGCGACUGCUCAUGUUCUCCUUUGUGAACGACAGGUUCAUGCCUCCUGAUGACCCCCUGGGCCGUCGUGGACCAACCCUGAGCAAUUUCCUAAGCAAGAAGCCAAGGCCCCCAGAGCCAUCCUGGCAGCACUGUCCCUAUGGCAAGAAAUGCACCUAUGGGGUCAAGUGCAGAUUCUACCAUCCGGAGAGGCCACACCACGCGCAACUGCCUGUGGCCGACGAACUCCGCGCCAAGACGCGGACUUGGCCGGGCGGUGGCGCCGAGGAGCAGCGGCCACUGAGCGUCCGGAGCAGCCCCGCUGCAGCCAGGCCGCUUCUCCGGGAGCCCAGUGCACACAGCCUCCCACCGCCACCGCAGCCCGCGACCCUGGCCUCCCUGAGCAGGAGCCUCUCGCGGCUGACCUUCAGCGAAACCCCGACUAGCGGCGGCGUCGCGUCCAGGACGCUUGAGCCCGACUGGAUGCCCACGUCCUGGGCCUUGACAACUCCUCGCGCAGGCAGCACUGCCACACCAAGGUCGCCGGGUCUGCCAUGCCUCCGGACUCCGAACAGAGCGCUCUCCUCGGGUGAUUCUGGGUCCCCAAACUGCCCUCAGGUCCAACCGCCAGAUCGACGCCUUUCCAGGGACAUGCACAGUGAUUUGCCUCCCCAGCGCAGACCUCUGGAAGAUCCAUGGACCCUCUUGCCCAGCUCCUACCUUUAUCUGGGUCACUCGGCCUGGGCCGAGUCUGCUUGGGGUGAGGACACCUUUAGAGAACCUUCGGGAUCCGCGCAGCCAGCAGUCAAUGGUGGGGGAGCACGCACUGCUUUCUGCAGUGUCUUCCCAGCUGAUCAAGAGGAUCGGGGGAUGGCCUCGGAUUCUGCCCUCUCCGAUCUGGCUCUGCUCACCCUCCGGCAGAGAUCCCAAGGGCCUGGUGAGAGGUUGGGGGACCCUUAAGGGACAGGUUCACAACACUGCAAAGAGUCUUGACUUGCAACUUGAAUUGUGGGAUACAAGACGGUUGCCAACCUGGAUCUAAGUCACUGUUUUUGGACCCCGUCAGCAGGAGACUUCCUUCUCAUCCUCGGUGGUGGAUACCCAUGGGGAUCUCGGUGUUGCUCCCUGGGCCUGCUGAGUGGACAGACGAUUUCUGAUAUGUUCAGAACACAUCCGUGUCUGGCUCUGAGUGCCAACCACGAAAUGUUUCAGUGGGCCAUCACCGCAAAUCAAAAAGGACGCCCAGUUAAUCGAGCUGAGUUUGAUCCAAACUCUUGCUGUGUAAGAGCGUGUGUGUCUGUGUGUGUGUGUGUUUAAGACUCUAGGAAGCCAUGAGAAUGUGGGUCCUGGUUGAAAGUUUGAAAAAGACUCAUAGACAAUCGUGACUUUUGUGGUAUCAAAUAAUGUUUAAAAAUGUAUUCAUGUGAUAUGGGAAGGAAGGGGUUGAUGCCUGGGGUUUUCAUACCACCAUUGGUAAGCUCACUCAUAAGGGAACCCAGGCUUCUGUACAUUUUUACUGUGGGGGCUGUGAGGUGUUGUGAGUGUCCCAACAGUACUUGAUUCUAAGGGUCUUUUCACCUGUCUUUUGCGCCAUUUGUACAUGCAAUAACACACACACACACACACACACACACACAGCCUUGCUCAAGAAUCAGACUGUUUCGUUUGCUUGUUUUUCAAGAUAGGGCUUCUCUGCAUAGCCCUGGUUGUCUAAGAACUCACUUUGUCUAUCAGACUCUGCCUCCUGAGUGCUGGGAUCAAAGGCGUGCGCCACCACACACGGCUCGUUUUUUUUAAGUCAGCCUUCCAUUGUGGUGAAUCUACAAAGCAAACUUGUAAAUCACAUAUUUCGGAAUUAAGAGUUCAGUCUACCUGCCACUCCAACAACACAGCAGCCUCCAGCAGUAGUGGCACAGAGUUGGGUUCUGGUGGAGGUUAUCGUAACUUUUAUUUGGCUGCGUCUUCUACACAACUCUGGCUCUGAGUUUCGGGGAGACGAAACUCAUCCAUUUGCAGGGGACACGAGAGGAGACAGCGAUGCGGGGCAUGGACCCAGCAUUCUUAGGGAUCCCGGCCUCUCUAGGCAGCACCCACAUAUUCCGGUUACAAGGGUAGCCUGCCAGGUUGUUCAUGCUAUUUCAGCUUGCCAGGGAGAUUAGGAAGAGCCUGCCAAUGGAAUAUGUCUGCCAAUGCUUCCGAGUCCCUGCAGUGUGGUUGGUGCACUGGGGAAUUGCCACUUUUUAAAGAGGUCGCCUUGUUGUGGGCACAGCAAAGAUACGCCUCAUGGAGAAUGCUGUUGCGGGGUUUAUGGUAAACACGACUCCUUGGUACCAGGGCAGCCAUGCGGCUUCCUGCAAGGUCUCCCUCUAUUAAAACCACAUUCUUAGCAUGGCUUCUUGUAGAUCUGUUCCUCGCCCCUUUUCAAAGCUGACUCUGCUCUCAAGUGAUACUUUUGACUUUUGAGGCCCUUGUCCUGAAGAGGGUCUACUCUUUCUAGGUCAUCUAGACUUUUUCUCCGUGUGUGUGUGUGUGCGCGCGCGCAUGUGUGCGCAUGUGUAUUUCCUUUCCACAAGACAGGUUCACCAGUGUUAGAGCCGCUGUUCGGUUCCCGGGCCCUGUUUCCUGCUGCUUAUCAAUGCAAAUUUACAGUUGGAAAUAUUUACCUGCUUCCUCUGAGGACAACUUCUGAGUUUUAGUAGACUGUAAAGCUAUUUUGUUUGGUUGACUGUGGUUAAAACAGGUACAAGGGGAGAAAAAAGUGUGUGUGGGGGGAACCCCAACACAAGUAUUUGGAAAUUUUCCGAAGUCUUAGUAUGUCUUUGCGACACAAAUACACAGGUGAGACGCACACAAGGACCGUCCCUAAUUGCAUAGCUGUUAUCACGCUCCAGAAAUAAACUCCUUCGCCACACCUGGACUCUACUGUCAACUGUACAUUCGUUUCUCUGGUCAGCUCCUCUCUCCUCCACUUCUUUUUUUUUUUUUUUUUUUAAAUUCAAGUUGAACAGGAUGGGCGAGAAGUCUUGGAUAAUGUCCAGCUUUGACAGUUGCCAUCCAGUGUUCUCCCUCCCUUGGGGGAAGAUGUGAGGGCCAGAGCCCACCUUUUCCCCAGGAGUAGCUAGAACCACACAAGCAGAUGCCUUCACCAGUUGAGGGGCAGGCGGUUCCCACGACCACAGGCUGCCCAUCAGUUUGCUGGACCCCGAUCUCCAUUCGAGAUCCACGGCAGAGUC